AUGUUCCGUUUAUUACUUUCUGCGAACGUAGCAUUGUGUUUCUUCUCUUGGAGAAGUGACAGCGUUCUUUUGUAUCCCAAGAGGACAUUAUUUCAGUUCACGAUCGGCGUCUCGGUUCCGGUUACCAUGAACAAAAGGGGCGGCAUGGUGUUCUCGUCUGCAUUCCAAUUCAAUUAUAAACUUCCGACGAACUUGUCGGAGCUCGAGCCUACAAUAAUACCGGCCAGACAGGCGAGGGAUCUCAGUCUUCGGGACACUUACGAGGCCAUCGAGAAUUCGUUGAACCGGCACGGCUGGAGGGACGGUAGGAAAUGUCUUUUAAGGACUAUUUGCGAGAUGGCGGAGACACCAUUUGGAAGGACACGCCAGGAUGUCCUCGAGGAGGUGAUCCACUUAAUUUUAACGCCGAGCGAGGACUUACCAGGGACGGCUAAUUCCACUCACCAGAGCGUCGAGCAAUUGUAUCAGGAAGCAGAACGACUGGGAAGAUCUGGCGGUGACUGCAUCCUGGCCUAUCCCGAUUGCAUCGAGUCACCCUUGGAAUCGUUCACGGAGAUCGCAUUUCCUUAG